GGCACGACCACACUAGGAAGAAACACCACGGCGACAACGUCGAGCAGCAGCAGUUGAAGGUGGAGAGGUCAGGCAUCUCAAGGUCCAACAUCGCGGAUUCGCCCCUGCUGCUGGUAGGCGUUCUGGAGGCGAGAGGUAGCGAAGGGCGCGCGUUUCCAGACGGUUACAUUGACAUCGGUGGUCCUGCCGCCGACGGCGGUCACGGUGGUGCUCUGCUCAUCGCCAUCUUCAUCUCCUACGGCCUCGUCGGAUCGCACGAGCUCCGCAUUGCCGGCAGUCGCGUCAGGGCGCUUAGAAAACCGCCGGCCGUUCUCAUCAUCAGGAUCAGGGCGCCCUGCUUGGACCUCACUGCGGCGGUCGCACAUGCGCGUCAUCACCACGCCCGCAUAACCAUGAGAGAGCAGCGGUGGCAACAACUUCGGCAGUGCAUGCAGCAGUGGCAGGUCGCCAUGCUGCUCACAGGCGACCCCAACGGCCAGCAGUUAGCGGAGAUGGCGUGUGAGGUGGGCAUGUCAUUGGUCAACACCAUCUUCGUUUCGGGUCCUACUCUGCGGAGUUCCAAGGGCGACGGCAAGCGCGUCGACUGCGCCGGACUGAUUCAGCCGCUGGCAACG